AUGGUGGAACAAACAGCCAUCCAAUUAAUUAAUGAGGAGAAACAAUUUUCAGAUGCUAUCUUACCUUAUUUUAAGAGCAUCUUAGAAGAAAAGGAUAUUGGUCAAAACUAUCAUGUUAUAUCGGUGUUUGGUUCCCAAUCUAGUGGUAAGUCGACCCUUUUAAAUAUUUUGUUUAACACUGAAUUCGACACAAUGGAUGCACAAGUCAAAAGACAACAGACUACAAAGGGGAUUUGGUUAGCUCAUACUCAUGAAAUUAAUAAUAGUCAUGAUGAUCGGUCUUUGUUAAAUGAAGAAUUGUUUGUCCUAGAUGUAGAAGGUUCAGAUGGUGCAGAACGUGGAGAAGACCAAGAUUUCGAAAGAAAGGCAGCUUUGUUUGCUAUCUCUGUAUCCGAGGUGUUGAUCGUUAAUCUGUGGGAACAGCAAAUUGGUUUAUAUCAAGGGAAUAACAUGGGGUUACUGAAGACUGUCUUCGAAGUUAAUUUAUCUUUGUUCGGGAAUUCACAUCAAAAGAAGAAGGUUCUAUUACUAUUUGUUAUCAGAGAUCAUGUGGGUGUUACUCCGUUGGAAAGUUUAAGCGAAUCUUUGAUUAAUGAAUUAGAGUCUCUUUGGGAUGGCCUAAAUAAACCAAUAGGAUCUGAUAAUAUCUCAUUAUAUGACUUUUUUGAUUUGAAAUUUGUAGGUUUAGGUCAUAAAAUUUUGCAAAAUGACAAGUUUAUUGAAGAUGUUAAAAAAUUAGGUGAUCAAUUCUCUCAGUCACCAACAAAAUCCGAGAAGGCUAUUUUUAGACCUAUAUAUCAUCAUAUGCUGCCAUUAGAUGGUUGGUGCAUGUAUGCACAAAAUUGUUGGGAUCAAAUUGAAAAUAAUAAAGAUUUGGAUUUACCUACUCAACAGAUUCUUGUUGCAAGGUUUAAGACAAAUGAAAUUUUGGAAGAAACAUUUAUUAAAUAUUUCAAUGAUUUUGAUAAAAUAGUUCAACCAAUCUUGAAUAAUAGAGAUGAUUUGAUUUUAGAAUUGAAGCAUAUAAAAGAACAAUGUCUAAGCGACUAUGAUUCUAUGGCUUCACGUUAUACUAAACAAGUUUAUUUAGAAAAUCGGCAAUCUCUAAUAUCUAAGAUAAAUGAGAAAUUUGAGAAUUCUGUUGAUCAACAUUUAAAGGAUGUCUCCAUAGAGCUGUUAGACAAAAUAAAUGAUAUUAUUAAAGAGAAUAUGAAUAAUAAAAAGUUGACUUUCAUUGAUAGUUUAACUACUGUAAAGGAUUCAAUGGAUAAACAGUACAUGUCCAUUUUGAAGAAAUUUAAUGAAAAUGAUUUAUUAUUGUUAUCCUCGGUUGAACAAAAAUGUAAAGAUUUCGAAAAAUUGCUUGAUUCAAAGAUUAUAGAAUUGAAAAAUAACGAAUUGAAAUUAUUAAUAUCAAAAGUGAGGAAAACUAUUACAUUUGAAAUUAAAGAUGAAAUUAUACCUUUAUUAUCUAAUCCAUCCUUAGACGUUUGGGAUAAAAUUAUUUCAAGGUUUAAUAGUAUAUUAGACAGAAAUUUAAGCAAAUAUAAAGUUCAGGUAGCCGCAGUUGAAAGCACAGAGAGUGAUAAAGAUAAUUCUAAAGAAGAAGGGGAUACUCAGUCCAUCCAAUAUGAUUUUCAACUUGGUCUUGGCCAAAUUACUAAUGAUACCACAGCUAAAAGGAUUCAUUUUGCAGCAUGGCUUUCUUUAGCUACCACUACUCAUGAUUAUUUGAAGUCUGAUACAAUAGUUAAUAUUAUAAGAGACACUUUCGAAAAUGCUUUCAGAUACGAUGAAAAUGAUACUCCAAUUUUAUGGAAAGAUGAACAAGAGAUUGAUGAAACAUUUAAAAUGGCUAGGAGAAAGGCUUUAUCAGUCUUAGAUAUAUUGUGUAUGGCUAAGACAUCCGAUAAUGUUGAAAUAGUUCCUGAUGUAAAUAUUGAUGAUGAAAUGGGCAAAGAAUAUGAGGAUGAGGUGGGGAUAUAUCAUAUGACAAGAUUCUCUCAUAUUUUAAAUGAAUUAGAAAAGGAGAAAGUCUUACAACAAUUUAAGAGACAAGUCAAUCUUAUUGUUAUUGAUGCAAAGAGAUCUAUAAUUAAGACUACUACACAUAUUCCAUUAUGGAUUUAUGUUAUUAUUGUGGUCUUGGGUUGGAAUGAAUUUAUGAUGGUGAUUAAAAAUCCAUUUUACGUGACUAUGCUUUUGAUUUUAUCGGUUGCUUUCUUUUUUGUUCAUAGAUUCAAUCUUUGGAACCCGGUUCUUAAUGUUGUUUCCGUAGCAAUUGGUGAAACAAGGCAAACAGUUAAGAGUAAAUUAAGAGAAUAUGUACUGGAUGAACAUGAGAAGGUGCCUCAUAAAGCUAGGAGUAUGUAA